AUACGACACGUGAAAGGAGAGAGAGCAAAGGAAACAGAACAAAAAAGGAGCUGGGAAUGGGAUUGGGAGGGGAGGGUCAUUGGGGCUGUGGGUGCUAAAAUAAAGGCGGACGUGAAUGGCAGUAAUGAAAAGGAGCAACAUGGACGGCUGAGAAAUCAUCAAAUCAGCUUUUUCAAAGCCUUCCCUACCUUAUUCUUCGCUUCCUUAUUUAUUGUCCCUCUCCCCCUUCAUCCUUCACCAUUACCAAACUUGAAUCUCCCUUUCAAUAUUGCUCCCAAUACCACUUUAACGCAAGCAAAAAUCCCAACAUCUCUUAGUAAAUAAAGCCAACUUAUAGCGAAGAAAAAUGUCGUGGCAAACUUACGUAGAUGAGCACUUGAUGUGUGACAUCGAUGGCCAAGGCCAGCACCUUUCUGCCGCUGCUAUCAUUGGCCAUGAUGGAAGUGUCUGGGCUCAGAGCUCUGCCUUCCCUCAGUGCAAGCCUAAUGAGAUCAGUGACAUCAUGAAAGAUUUUGACGAACCAGGCCACCUUGCCCCUACAGGCUUACACCUUGGUGGCACCAAGUAUAUGGUCAUUCAGGGUGAGCCUGGUGCUGUCAUUCGUGGAAAAAAGGGAUCAGGAGGGAUCACUGUUAAGAAAACUGGACAAGCUCUUGUGUUUGGCAUCUAUGAAGAACCAGUGACUCCAGGACAAUGCAACAUGGUUGUUGAGAGGUUGGGUGAUUAUCUUGCUGAUCAGGGCCUGUAGUCGACCUAGCUUCAAAAUUCAAUGCCUUUUUCAUUUUUAAGUUUUGGGUUCCAAGUAAUUUGCAUCUUAUCCCAUUGAAAGCUAUGUUUGAUUGGCAUUUGGACUUGGUUGAUUGACUUGCUUCCUUCACCAUAUCUGCUUUUUUGUUGCUUUUUUUGGGUUUUGUUGGUAAUCCCCAUCAGUGGUUGCAAGAUCUUUUUUUCUUUUUUGGCAGUGUUUGUUGCCAUUAAAAUUUUUCCCCUUAUAAUGAACGUUUGAAUAUGCCCUUUUUCUUUGUGAAUGAGAGAAUCAGAUUUCAGGUUCCUUGAUUGCCACUUGUUUUCUGAAUAUCAAUGCAAAUUUUUUCUGUCAUUUUGUUCUGACUUCUGAAGAUAAUGU